CUCCCUUCCUGGUCAACAGCACAACAUGGCGUCCAAUAAAAUCGUGCACACAGUGGUGCUAGAUACCGGAGCAAUCAUCAAAAAUGAGCCUCCAGUUUCCACACUUUUGAGUCAAGCCGAACACCUCGUCACCGUGCCCGCGAUAUUGUCAGAAAUCAAGGAUGCCGCCACGAGACAACGAGUCGAGACUACGUUGAAGCCUUUCCUCACCGUGAGAUGGCCGAAUCCAACUAGCAUCAAGUUCGUGACCGACUUUGCGCGUAAGACGGGUGAUCUUGCUGUUCUGAGCAAGCCUGACAUCCAAAUUAUCGCUUUGACAUACGAAAUUGAGUGCGAGAGAAAUGGAGGCGAUUGGAGGCUGCGAAAAGUGCCCGGUCAGAAAGGAUUGAAUGGCGCGCCGCCUGCCAAAGAAGGAAUCCAGGCUGAGGAGCCGUCUAAAGACGCCGCUGGCGAGCAGAAUGAAUUGCCAGCGUCAGAAAUUUCCCACGAACCGGCCGAGCAAAAAGCAAAUGAAGUUACCACGGAAUCUGAGCCUGCACUCGCACAAACGGAUGAAGCAGAAGCAGGAGAUGUCCAACAACUGACCUCUGAGCUGGAAGCUACAGUCCUAGAAGAGAGCAAAAAGGAAAUCCCAGCACCUCCAGCCUCCGAACCUACCAAAAUAGACUCUGCACAAAACUCCUCCGAAAGCCAACAAGACUCCUCUUCCGACUCCGACUCAGAAGACGGCUGGAUCACACCCUCCAACCUCAAAAGAAAACAAGCAGAAGACGCCCGCGGUACCUCCACGCCACCCCCCUCCUCCACCAAACCCCUCCAAGUCGCAGUCCUCACCUCGGAUUUCGCCAUGCAAAACGUCAUCCUCCAAAUCAACCUCAACCUCCUCUCCCCAACCCUCUCUCGCAUCCAACACAUCAAAACCUACAUUCUCCGCUGCCACGCCUGUUUCCACAUCUCCAAAGACUUGACUAAACAAUUCUGUCCACGCUGCGGCCAACCCUCUCUCACGCGCGUCGCGUGCUCGACGAAUUCCCAGGGAGAGUUUUCGCUGCAUUUGAAGAAAAAUAUGCAGUGGAAUAAUCGGGGGAAUCGUUAUAGUGUUCCGAAACCUGUGCAUGGGACGGCUAAUGGGAAAAAUUCGGGCGGUGGGAAAAUGGGGUGGGGACAUGAGUUGAUUCUUGCCGAGGAUCAGAAGGAAUUUGAGAGGGCUAAGGCGUUGGAGAGGAGGACUAAGGAGAGGAGUUUGAUGGAUGAGGAUUAUCUUCCGGGGAUUUUGACGGGCGAGAGGAAGGGGAGUGGUGCUGCUGCUGGGGGGAGGACGAGGGUGGGGGCUGGGAGGAAUGUGAAUUCGAGGAAGAGGUGAGAAGAGUACAGGUAGGUAACUUGAUGAAAUGGGAUGAGAUGCUGCCUACCUACACGACUUCUGAUAGAUUUUUUUGAGUUGAGAGUCAC